CUCGUCCUCAGCACUGCGCGCGGCCCUUGACCGCGACGCUGAAUGCCUGUGACGAAUGCACUGAACUUUGAAAUUUGAACGUCUGAGCCACCACGAACGGGCUUUGAAGACCAUGCGGUCAGUCGACCGCAGUGGAAGCAGCCCUCGAAGCCCCACUUGCAGCUCAGCUCGCCGGUGAACUCUACUGUCCCUUCGUGUGUAACAUAUGACUGGUACUACCGAAGAUCUCCCGCUCGUCCCAGCAGCCUAGCAUAUAUAUACUUCAGCGUGCAGUCUCACAGACCUGUUCGGCUCUUUCCCUCUUGCCUGGACGUGAACGAACCUCGUCAUGACCUCCAUGUCUCGCUCAUUCCUCGACGCGUCUAUCCCUGAGCUUGUUAACAAGCUAUCCACGGACGAGAAGAUUGCUCUGCUUGGUGCGCCCAACUGGUGGAACACACAUGCUGUUGAGCGGCUGGAAAUCCCUGCCAUUCGCAUGAGCGACGGACCGAAUGGUGUCAGAGGUUCCUCCCAUUUCGUGUCCACGCCUGCGCAGUGUAUUCCUUGUGCUACGUCCAUGGCUGCUACCUUCGACACAGAACUGAUUCACCAAGUCGGAGUAUUCUUGGCGGAAGAGACGAAGAUCAAGUCUUCCGUGAUUCUCCUCGCGCCUACGUGCAAUAUCCAACGAAACCCAUUGGGAGGACGUGCCUUCGAGUCUUUCUCGGAGGACCCUUAUCUUUCUGGCACACUCGCCGCUGCAUAUGUCAAUGGCCUGCAAUCCAAAGGCGUCGCCUCGACCAUCAAGCACUUUGUAGCCAAUGACCAGGAGCAUGAACGAACGGCCGCCAAUUCAGUAGUCUCCGACCGUGCCCUUCGAGAGAUUUAUCUAUAUCCCUUUAUGCUGGCUCAAAAACACGCUCGCCCAUGGUCUUUUAUGACUUCCUACGGACGCAUUGGUGGAGUACAUUGCUCUGAGAAUCCUACUCUCUUGCACGACAUCUUGCGUGAGGAAUGGGAUUUCGAUGGUCUGGUCAUGAGUGACUGGUUUGGCACGUACAGCGUCGAUCUCGCGAUCAACGCUGAACUUGACCUCGAAAUGCCCGGACCUCCGCGCUGGCGCACGCUCACGCUCGUGAACCACAUGCUCUCCUCGCAGAAGGUUUUACCCGUCACCCUCAAUGAGCGCGUCGGAACGCUGCUCGCGUUCGUGCAGCGCCAGGCGCGGCGGAAUACUCAGAUCGUGUACGGCGACGGGAAGGAGCGCACGAGGGACACGCCUGAGGGACGGGCAUUUUGCAGAAAGUUGGCAGCAGAGGGGAUGGUGGUACUGAGGAAUGAGAGCCGUGUUUUGCCAAUAAUGCCCGGGAAGGUGAAGAAGGUGGCAUUGAUUGGGCCGAAUAUGAAGGAGAGGGUAAUCUCCGGUGGGGGUUCGGCUGCGCUAAAAGCGAGCUAUGUCAUUUCGCCAUAUGAAGGUAUUUUGGCGAACGCCCCCAACGGACUAGAGUUCGAGUAUGCAGUAGGGUGCUACGCGUUCAAAUACAGGCCUACCCUCGAGCGGUACCUGACCACGAUGUCCGGCGAGCCCGGCUGGACGUGCAUGUUCUACAACCACGACGCGCAGGGUAGCCCUACCGGCGCACCCGUUGCCGAGUUUACGCUUAACGACACACGCGUCAAGUUGAACGACUUCUUGCCUGAGGGGCUCACGCCGACGUGGACACUCCGCCUGCAUGGACGGCUUACAGUGAAUAAAACGGCGACAUACGAGCUUGGGGUGACAGUCGCGGGGAGGGCCAAGCUGUGGAUCGACGGGACGCUGGUAGUGGAUAACUGGACGAAGCAGACGCCCGGGGAUUUUUUCUAUGGGCAGGGCACUAUUGAGGAGCUAGGAUUGGUUGACCUGGUUGCGGGCAAAGCUGCGGAAAUUUCGGUCGAGUAUACAAAUACGAAGCCGCCGGAGGGCGCAGAAGCUGACAAUUCUCAGCCAGCAUUGAUGAGAGGCGUGCGCAUUGGCGGCUGCGAAAAGAUCGAAUCCGACGAAGCAAUGGAAGCGGCGGUCAAGCUGGCCGCGUCCUCGGAUGCGGUGAUCCUCGUUGCAGGCUUAUCCCCCGAUUGGGAAAGCGAAGGAUUCGAUAGACCGACGUUGGAUAUGCCUGGGCGAACGAACGAGCUGAUCGCGCGUGUGGGCAAGGCCAAUCCCAAUACAGUUGUCUGCGUGCAAGCUGGUUCUGCGGUGUCGAUGCCCUGGGUGAAGGACGUGAAUGGCACCAUCCAAGCGUGGUAUUCGGGAAAUGAGGUCGGGAACGCACUCGCGGACGUGUUAUUCGGCGCCAUCAAUCCGAGCGGUCGCCUGCCGCUCACGCUGCCUGUGCGCGAGCAGGACAUCCCGGCCUACCUGAACAUGCGCAGCGAACACGGACAAAUACACUACCGCGAGGACGUGUUUGUGGGAUAUAAAUUUUACCAGGCGAGGGGCGUCGAGGCGCUAUUUCCGUUUGGUUUUGGAUUGUCGUAUACGACAUUCAGCUUUUCGGACCUCUCGAUAACAGAUCCGAGCUCGCAUGAUGCGGCAAUGGACGUCGACGUGUUUGUGACGGUUAAGAACGACGGACCGCGUGCUGGGUCGGAAGUUGUGCAGGUGUACAUUUCGCUGCCGGACACAGGCAUCACCAUGCCCAAGCUGCAGCUGCGGGGCUUUGCAAAGGCUUGCGAUGUCGCGUCCGGGCGCUCGAAACGUGUGAGGGUGCAGUUGGAUAAGUAUGCGGUGUCAUUCUGGGAUGAGCGGGAACAUGCGUGGAGUGCACGGGCGGGGACUUACGGGAUCCUUGUUGGGAAGAGCAGUGAGGAGAUAGUGCUGAGUGGGUCGUUUGAGCUGAAGGAGAGCUUCCUGUGGAGCGGGUUGUAGGUGGUAUCCAGGUUACAUAUUGAAGUCUGCAUGAUAUAUAUGCAUUACAUCGGAAGUAAAAUAUGCUGAAUUCAUGAUAAAUGUUCGUGUGCCCGAC